GAUGGCGGAGUGCUUGGCUGCACGUUUGACCGCCCAGGAGGAGCAAAUUUUGCUUCUCACCAGGGAAAUUUCCACUCUCCGGGAUGGAUUGAGCCAAGGUCUAGACGCCGCGGGUAUCGCGGUCGUCUCCCCGGAGCUUGAGAACCUGCGGGCGGAGAAUGAAAAGCUCAGGUAUCGGCUGCUGCACCUCCGGCGGGGUCUGCAGGCGGAGCUGGAGCUGGAGGAGGCGCAGGGCAAGAGGCAACAAGGAGCUAAGUGUGACAAAGCUCCGGCGAAAAACACCUGCAAAGCGCAGCAGACAAACAGCCGAGCUGAUAAUAACAGGGUGGCAGCUGUGAGUAUGAAAUCAGGUGAUGGGAACAAGAAAGAGAAGAAGCAGGACAAGGUGCAAGGAGAUGGAGGUGUGAAAGAGCUGAAUCCCUGGCCUGCAUACAUUGUAGAACGUCUCAGUCUUUAUGGAGAACUAAAAAGGGAGAGUGAUGCCCUGCUGGCAAAGAAAGCUGCAGACAGUAAGCCCAUUACAGUGGAGCUGCCAGAUGGGAAAAAGGUGGAGGGCAAAGCUUGGAUCACCACACCAUAUCAGCUGGCCUGCAAUAUCAGCCAGGGCCUUGCUGACAAUGCUGUGAUUUCUCGAGUGAAUGGGGAGCUGUGGGACCUGGACAGGCCUCUCGAGCAGGACUGCUCGCUUGAAAUCUUGCGUUUUGACAAUGAGGACGCUCAGGCUGUGUACUGGCAUUCCAGUGCUCACAUCCUGGGGGAAGCAAUGGAGCGCUUUUAUGGAGGUUGUUUAUGUUAUGGGCCCCCCAUAGAGAAUGGUUUCUACUACGACAUGUUCCUGGAUGGACAGAAGGGCGUGUCCAGCACGGAGUUUGGGGACCUGGAGGUUUUAUGUAAAGCUGUGGUGAAAGAAAAACAACCCUUUGAGAGGCUUGAGGUCAGCAAGGAGACACUGCUAAAAAUGUUUAAGUACAACGAAUUCAAGUGCCGCAUUCUGAAUGAGAAAGUCACCACCCCAACUACUACAGUCUAUAGAUGUGGGCCCUUGAUUGACCUGUGCAGAGGUCCCCAUGUCAGACACACAGGCAAGAUCAAGGCCAUGAAGAUCUACAAGAACUCUUCCACCUACUGGGAGGGCCGCUCUGACAUGGAGACUCUCCAGAGGAUCUAUGGGAUUUCCUUCCCAGACUCAAAGAUGCUGAAGGAAUGGGAACGUUUUCAGGAGGAGGCCAAGAACAGAGACCAUCGCAAGAUUGGAAAAGAUCAGGAGCUUUUCUUCUUCCAUGAUCUCAGCCCAGGCAGUUGUUUCUUCAUGCCACGUGGAGCCUACAUCUACAACACACUCACCGAGUUCAUCAGGGGUGAGUACUGGAGAAGAGGCUUUCAGGAAGUAGCCUCCCCCAACAUUUAUAACAGCAAACUGUGGGAGACAUCUGGCCACUGGCAGCACUACAGUGAAAAUAUGUUCUCCUUCUCUGUGGAGGAUGACAUAUUUGCUCUGAAGCCAAUGAACUGCCCCGGGCACUGUCUGAUGUUCAGCCACAGGCCUCGCUCAUGGCGGGAGCUUCCUCUGAGGCUUGCAGAUUUUGGGGUCCUGCACAGAAACGAGCUGUCGGGAACACUAACCGGGCUGACCAGAGUGCGCCGUUUCCAGCAGGAUGACGCUCACAUUUUUUGCACAAUGGAUCAGAUUGAGUCAGAGAUGAAGGGCUGUCUGGACUUCCUCCGCUGUGUUUACGAUGUAUUUGGAUUCUCGUUCCAGCUUCACCUCUCCACUCGCCCGGACAAGUAUUUGGGUGACAUUGCUGUUUGGGAUCAGGCUGAGAAGCAACUGGAAAACAGCCUGAAUGAGUUUGGAGAGCCAUGGAGACUGAACCCUGGUGAUGGUGCUUUUUAUGGACCCAAGAUUGACAUUAAGAUCAAAGAUGCUAUUGGACGUUACCACCAGUGUGCAACCAUUCAGCUGGACUUCCAGCUGCCCAUCCGCUUCAACCUGACCUUUGUGGGAAAAGAUGGGGAUGACAAAUCCCGACCAGUCAUCAUCCAUCGUGCCAUCUUGGGCUCAGUGGAAAGGAUGAUUGCCAUUUUGACAGAGAACUAUGGAGGAAAAUGGCCUCUGUGGCUCUCUCCACGUCAGGUGAUGUUGGUGCCUGUCAACCCAUCCUGUGAGGAUUAUGCAAAGAAGGUGUGCAAGCAGUUUACAGAGGCUGGUUUCAUGGCAGAUGCUGACCUGGACUCUAGCUGCCUUCUAAACAAGAAAAUCCGUAACGCUCAGCUGGCCCAAUAUAAUUUCAUUCUCGUGGUUGGAGAGAAGGAGAAGAUGACUAACAGUGUCAAUGUGCGCACGAGGGACAACAAAAUCCACGGAGAACUGCCGGUGUCCGAGGUGAUGGCUCGACUAAGCCUGCUCAAACAGUCUCGCUGUCCAAAUGCAGAGGAAGAGUUCUGAUCAGGACCGAGAGCAAAGCACACUCUCGGAUUUUAAUACCUCACACAUGAGACUACAGCAACAAGCAGUAAAGGGACAAAAGAUGGCUUUAGGAAAGUGCAGUGCAUACACAAAGUGAACUGAUACACUGUAAGUAGAUGUAAUGAUUGGGCCUGCACAACUACCCUGCAGUGCCUUCGGGAUCAUCUGUGAGGGGUGGAAAAGUGUUUGUAGGUGGUGUGGGUAUAAAAUUGUCAAGGUUAUCUAAGUGUAUCUGAAGGAAGUGAAGACUGUCGUAUGAAAGUUAUGUGAAUUAUUUUCAAAAAGGUCUGAGUUUGUGGGAAAAUCCAGGAAUAAAAAAAAA